UCUCUUACUUGCGACGACCUCUUAUUAGUUAUUACUUAUUACCGAAUAAUUUCCUCCGGCCGGUGGGUUUUCGGAGCAGAUCAUCAGUUUCUAGUCUCUGCAUCCGAGAGAGAAGAAGUCUUUUCAGUGAUUAAGGAUCUGCAAUAAGUAUCCAUCUGAGAUUUAACAAUGGUUCUAUUACAGUUGGACCCAUUCCUCAAUGAACUCACGAGCAUGUUCGAGAAAAGCAAAGAGAAGGGUUCUGUGUGGGUUACUUUGAAAAGAUCGACUUUGAAGUCUAAGCUGCAGAAGAGGAAACAGAGCUCAUCUGGAGAAUCCAUGGAAUACAGAUGCCUUAUUCGAGCAACUGAUGCAAAGAAAACGAUUUCCACAUCGGUUGGCGCUAAGGAUCACCAGAGAUUUCAAGCAUCAUAUGCUACCAUUCUUAAGGCCCACAUGACUGCUUUGAAGAAGAGGGAGAGGAAAGACCGGAAGAAGUCCACAGAGGCAGAGAAGAAAGAAGGCACUUCAACCACUAAAACCAAGAAGCUUUGAUUUUUCCUUUCGUGUGUUCUCAUUGAUUUGCAAUUGUUGCGUAGAAAUUACAAUUUUGAAAGAUAUUGAAAGAUUUAAGAGAUUUUGAUUUAUGUUAUGAUAGAUUUUGGCUUGCG